GCGUCACUGCGGCUCUUUUGCCACGCCCUCCGACCCCGGCCCAAUGCGUCUGCGCCGGCCGGCGUGCAGCGGUGGGGGGGUCGGGCCUGGCGGCCGCUGUACGGACCGGAGACCCCCGGCAUGGCCGGGGAACUCUCACCACGGCCAGGAUACCUUGUAUGGCCCGGGGACACCCACCAUGGUUCAUGGUCUCAGCCCUCAUCGUGGCUUGGUGACUCUCACCAUGGCUUCAGGAUCCCAACCGUGCCCUGGGGGCCUCUGCCAUGACCUGGGACCACCACUGUAUCGUGGAGAACCCGUUGUUCCGGGGCACCUCAGGCGUUUGCGGAUAUCCAGCCAUGUGGGAUGCCCAGCAGGGCACAGGAGGUGCUCUGGGAACUCUGCUUUUCUGGCAAUUUCCUGGCAGUGAGUCAUGGUGGUGCCAGUCUCGGGCACGGGAGUGUGCAGGGCUGGAUGGCACUUUCAGGAAGUGAAACGGGUGCCAGGAAAACACCCCAACAGCCCGAGUCCACGCAAGCCUGGCCACGCACAUCCCCGGCCCUCCCAGCAUGGUGCAAUCUCCGGCACACCGGAUGGAGGCUCUUGAAAACCAGGCACGCUGACACUGGGCUCAGAGAGCAGCCAAGCAGCACUGCAGGCAGAACAGGCAGGAGCAGGCAAAUAAGUGCCUCAGAAGUUUGCAGGUGCUGUGAAGUCUCAGCCCAGGACUCUUCAGUCAGUGGUGGCAAUGGCAUUCGUCCCUGACUUGGACACACUGGAGAGCAGCAGCCUGAACGAGGAGACGUUGUAUGGUCCCAGCUGUCUGUGCCCGCAGAAGGUAAGGCUGUGGUGGUGGGAGUGGUGGGGUCCGUGUUGUAUGGAAGCCAGGCUCUCACCCUACAUCCCCUUUCUUCCCCAGAAGCCCCGGCUGGACUUGGAGGGGACAUCGCCUGGGGUGGGCAUCCAGGUGACAGUGACAAAAGGACCCCUUUCCAGGACCUUUCGCCAGGCUGCCAUCCUGGUGGUGGCUGUGACCAAGCUCUUGAAGCAGCCAGCACGCAAGGACUUUGCAGACAGUGACCUUGGCAGCUUCUUGGAUGAUAUUUUCGAGCCCGUCUCCUUCCAGUGCAUCAAGGGCAGUUAUACCAGGGCACCCGUUUUCCGCUACACUCGUUCCCAGUCCUUCGACAUCCUGGACAUUGACCACAAGUGCUUCGUACUGGAGUCACCCACCCAGCUGGUGGCCCUGCACCUGCAGGGACCCUCUGCUGGACAGAAAGUGAAGCUCAACAUUGCUCUGUACCGUCCCCGGUCAUCGCAGGGCGCUCCAGGCUCUGGGAGGGUGCCAGUGGCCUUGGGCAUCAAGGGCUACCAGCUCUACAUGUCAUGUGUGAUGAGUGGCACCAAGCCUGUGCUGCAGCUGGAGGAAGCUGACAUCAGGAGGGAUAUUGAGAGUGUGGAGCUGACCCGCUUCAUCUUCUACCGCCUGGACAGCCCAGCUGAGGGGACCACACGCUUCGAGUCAGCCGCCUUCCCUGGCUGGUUCGUCUGCACAUCUCUGCAGCCCCGCCAGCCCGUGGGCAUCACCAACACCCCAGACCAGGUGAACAUCGCUACCUACGAGCUGAGCGGGCGCUGAAGACCCUGCACCAACCCAACUCAACCGGCAGUCACCGGUUUUCAGGCUGUAUGUACUAAGUACAACCCCUGGGACACAACCUCCCUCCUCAUCUAUUUCAUGUGAAAUAGCAGCUCUGGGCCCCAUGGGCUCGAGCCAUCCCAGUCUAUAUAUAUAU